GAUGUCUGGGAUAUUUGUGAUCAGGUGGUACAAGAGACACAUCGCCGGCUUUCGUGUCCUUGUACCGUUUUUCUCACGGCACGAUACAGUGAUUUUUCCGGGAGGGAACGCCGAAACAAAAACUUGUCCCUGUGGGUGAUUGUUCGUUCAACGGAUCACAGCAUUGGAAUUGGCCAUGGGCCUCCUCGAUCUCUGCAUGCUCGCGUGGCUAGCGCUCUCAGUUCACGCGAUCGUAGAGCUCCCAGCUUAUAGAAUGCAACAUUUCGAAUUGUUGGGCAUCACCAGGGGGAGCAAAGCGUACUCGCUCAAUGGUGAAGCUGUCACGUGGUCAACACUGUCUGGACUACGAAGUGGUUCCGGUAUGAUCGCGCUGUUAAAGUGGUCGGAGAUUCCAUUGAUCCGCGAGGCAGUGGCGAGAGGUGUCUUCGGCGUGAUACUCGUUCUGCCACCAGACAGUCCCGAGCUCCCGCCCAACGAGGAUCACAUGGCGAACGAAUUCGCCCUGUUCGAGGAAACGCAUUCGACCUCCAUAUACAUUGUCAAAGACAGUCCAGAGAUCCGAGAGGCUUUCGAAAGGGCCCACCGACCCAAUGCCGGAGCCUUCGAUUUGGGAAGGCUCUGGUCCGGAAAACUGACACAGCUGACGAUCACGGCACCAGCGCCGCAAGUGAUCCGACAGCCGCGUCUACCAACACUCCACGGAAUGUUGCCGGGAUUCGGAGUCCAAGAGCAGUUACCCACCGUUGCUGUCGUCGCGCAUUAUGACGCUUUCGCAGCCGCUGCCGAUUUGGCCUAUGGAGCCGAUUCGAACGGAUCUGGGAUUGCCGCCGUUCUGGAGCUCCUGAGGUUGUUCUCACGGUUAUACUCCGGCGAUAAAAUGCAUCCCAGGGCGAACCUGAUUUUCGUUCUGAGUGGUGGAGGAAAGCUCAAUUAUCAAGGAACGAAGAAACUCGUCGAGGACGCAGUCGAAAGCGCCAACUCCGACAGUAUCCUCGCGGACUCGCUCUUCACGAUAUGUCUAGAGUCUAUCGGCUCGAAGCCGGAGCUCGUCGCCCACGUCUCGAAGCCUCCUCGGCCGGACAAUGCCAUGAGGAAAUUCUUCAAUAUCUUGAAUGUGACGGGCGAUGUCCCGAUGGUGCACAAGAAAAUUAAUUUGGCCGAAGAGAUGCGAGUUUGGGAACACGAACGGUUCUCAUUGAGCAAACUCCCCGCAUUCACUCUCUCCUCGCUCGCGAACCACAACUCACGCAGCCGCAUGUCUCUGUUCGAUCAACGAAUAGACAUUUCCGCUUUGGAGGAGAACGUUCGACGUAUCGCCGUGGCCAUAUCAGCCUUCGUCUACCAGAGACCUGCGGAAGUAACCGACGAGUUCUUCAAGGGCGAGUUGGCUGUCAGCCGGGAACAUCUGCAGGCCGUGGUCGAUUUCGUGACGAGUCGGCCGAGAUCAACGCAGGUCCUGCUCGAGAAGUCGAACGAUGUCGUUUCGAGCCUGGAGAAAAUGAUGAAUCGAUACUUGCUGAAAAGCACCGCAAAGAUUUCUAUUUUCGAACCGGAUCGCCGCGAGCCAGAGUUCGUCUUGUACGACCAAACUGCGGCGACGUUGCAGAUCAGCGAGGUCAAACCCGUGUUGUUCGACAUACUGCUUUUUUCGAUCAUUGUCGUCUAUCUGGCAGUCGUCUACGUUUCAGUCAGCGAGUUCGGACUCGUCGUGCGUGCGCUCAGUCCGAGGAAAGCGAAAAAAGUUGACUAGAUAUUUUUUAGGAUUCGGUUUUUGCUCUCGGGAGAAUGUUGGACGAUACGAGUGACUGCGAGCUUGAGUGCUUGCCUUCAAAAUCCGCCAUGAGUGUCUGGGAUUCGACGGUGUGAGCUCAACCUCCGACGGGCUGUCGCUUCGUUGGUACUACAUAUGAAACCUUGGUCGGUAGUGUGAAUGAAGAUGCUUGAAGUUGGGAUGGGUGGGCGAUACGAGAAUUCUCUGACCAAGCCGGAGGGGCAUAGGUAUCUAAUUAUGUGUCCAAGACUUGCGAUUGGAUUCCGCUCAUGGAUUUCUAGUCUCCGGAACAAUGACCUUCAUAGUGAAAAGCGAGCGGCAAAACAAACUUGUUGAGCAUUUUUGAUCAACGACGAAUUCCCAAAAGUGCGUCUGAAUGUUGUUUUUUCGGGGACGCAACUGUCACGAUCACUUAAUUCCCUAAUAUCGCACUGUACGGUCGGUGACGGUCUCCCCCGUUUGAUCCCGGAUCACUUCCCAAGAUCGUCUGCUUGAUACAUUUUGGCUCAUUGCAUGAGAUCCGUCGAUGGAAUGCCUGCGAAUCCCGUGCAAAGGCCAGAAGGGUGAGGAUAAGAUAAUUUCAGUAAAGCAUUCGGCGCUUUAUUCCUUCUGAUUUUGUUUGAAGCGCGGUCUUCCCCUCGAUGGGCCAAUCGUUAAUUCAGGCUUCUCAUCCGACACACUUUUGAUGAGAAUGUGAAACACUUUUCCAUCCGAGAACGUGUGGUCCCACAACCCCGACUCACUAAUCGGAUGUUUAUUUUGUAUACGUUCUUCCGGUCGCAGCCGGGGUUUUUCAAUAAAUGAAUGUGGAUUUUCGGAAUGGAUGCCGCUUCCAUAUCAUCACUCCUCGAUGCGUUCGGGAUGGGGCAUCUUCAAGACAUGGAGGAAAGAUGACUCGAUAGAUAGAAUGAAUGAAUAAAUCACUCGGAUUGCGACGGAUGCACAAGCAGUUCAGAGACUGGUAUUCCGAAGAGGUUGGCCGAUUAGUUCUCGGAGACCCGCCGACGGUACAGAUCUGUCGUCAUGGGGUUAUAUUGGGCACUAAGAGGCGCGUCUGAUCGAUAGAGUGUGGGAUUCAUUUACAGUACGUGGGAUUUUCUUGUCCGCACGGUCUCAAAAUCGCUUCCGAUAC